UAACAACGCUUCAGCGAACACUGAGGAUAUUCCGGAUAACUUUUACUAACCUGUGGAGGUUUAAAUUGAGAUGUAGGCCGCGUUUGUGUGGCAGGUUUCGGGGCGGUGGGUGUCGGUUGCCGCAUUGUUUCCUCUUCGGUCGUGUUGAAAGUUAGCCCGGGGGCAAGGCACAAGCUCCGCUCGACUUCAUAACACGAUGAGGCCAAGAGAAAGAGGAAUGUAGAGUUGCGAUAAAAAGAUCCCAGGUUCCUGCCAUGUCCGGUCCCACCUGGCUGCCGCCGAGGACUCUGGACAGCCCAGAGCGAUCCGUCCCCCAGAUGUCCCACUCUGCAGGACCACCCAUCUACCAAACCGUCAACAAGAAGGGCGUGGCCGACUUCAGGCCCAAAUACGCUCCCUAUGACCAGAACGGAGGAGCGGGGAUGACCAGCAGGUACAUGGCGACUGGACCCACAGGUGGGCCCGUUCACCACUCCACUGAUCACUACUACUCCCCCCCUCUCGGCCCCAAAGACGACCGAGGCUGGAGCGCUCACAUGGACGGCUACGACAUGAUGCACCGUGGCUCUGAAAAACCCGCCAACUACCACUCCAAGAUCGACGCCGACAUCGACUCCCUCACCAGUAUGCUGGCCGAUCUGGACAGCCACCCGCAGGACGCCGCCAACCAGCUCUACGACAACGUGCCUUACAACAAAUACAUCUCAGGGGAUACCUACAAGUCUGCGCACCAGAGCGCAGCCCCCGCUCCAGGUCGGCCGUUUGCGGGCUACAGCUCUCACCCCCAGAGCGCGUACCACCCGGGCCCUCCGUAUCCCGGCGAGCACGCGGCCCCCCAGUACUCCCACCAGCAGGACUUCUACUCCACCUCCACCCCGAAGCCGUACCCGCAGCCCGUCCCGGCCUCCUACACCACCGCCUCCACCCCCACGGGGCCCAGGUUCAGCGUGCAGGUCAAGACGGCGCAGCCCGUCACCUACUCGCAGACGGGGCGGCAGGCGGAGCAGGCUUACACCCCGCCGCCUCCCCGGCAGCACGCGUCGCCGCGGCCCCCGACCCAGACGGGUCAGCAGGGCUGGUACCCGCCGCACCCGGCCUCGCAGGUCCAGGAGCUGCACUCUGAGGGGGGCUACAAGGGCAGCAGCAACCCGGGGUCCGGCGGAAGAGGCAACCAGGUUCCCCUGUCGAAGAGAGGGAUAGAGAAGACCCAGACGGCGCAGACGCCUUCCUAUCAGUCCAGCAAGGUAAAUGCAUCGACACGCUUUGGUCUCCGCCUGGGGAGUCGUCCAGUUCCUCACUGGAUAACUCUAGAGAUGACGCUCCAGAUUUUUAUUUACUGUAGGGUGAUGCUGCCCAGGUUUGAAGAAGCCAAGUGAUGUAGAUUUUUAACCUGAUCUGAUUUAAGUUUGUCCAUAUGUGCCCAAAAAAGCUGUGAAAUAGCUCUUUUCUUUGCUUAUAAAUCAAAAGUAAUUAAAGUGUUGAUCUGUUUAUUGAUUUGUGUAAUUUUAGAUAACUGUUUUGCACUAAAAAGUCCUUUAAAGUUGAAAGUUUUCCAGCAAAAUCUAUGAAUUCUGUCCCGUUGAGAUCUGUUCUGGGGAUAAUGAU